AAUGACGUAUUUGGUUCCGAUCCAAAUACGAUGAUCACAUAAUCAAGCUGUUUUGCAGUCUGUUUGUGCUGCGCUGGUUCGGUUCAUGAUGUAGGCUCUAUAGGAAGAGGUGGAAGUAUUUCUCAAAUUUAAGAAAGGUAAGCUGAACUGUAGAACGUAACCUAUAAAACAUCUUUGAUCAUAGAUUCGCUGUUUUAGGGUGGACCUAGUUAAAACAGUUAUACUUGUCUCGUAGUUGUAUUGGCAGAGGGUGGUGGCCAUGAUCACCUCAAAUUCAGAUCAGACCGUUUUUGGUGUUGUUAGUUUCAAGUCUCUGUGUAGAUAGCCUUUUAUUUGAGAAAGUGCUGAAGUGAAUUUAUUAUGUGCCACUUCCCUCUUCCAAUCAUGACAGCUGGGAGUUGCCUUUGUUGCCGAGAAUGACCAUUUUCUUUUCCUAGUUGGUCUUGGAAGGUUCUCGACAGUGACAUAUCCCAUGAUAUUUUUUUAUCUUGUAGAGCUCAUAAUCUUUUCAAACUGCUGUAACGCAGCAAGAUUAAUUUAGGGGCCUACAAUAUAUGAAUUUUAGUGCUUUAUCCAUAGCUUAAUAAUAAAUUAUUCAAAGGAUAUCUUCAGGAGCCUGUGAGGAAUUAGCAAGAAGGAGCAUAUCAUUCAAUUUAUUCUUUUUCGUGGUUGAUUAACAAGGGUUUACAUACCUGCCAACUCUCCCGGUUUUCCCGGGAGUCUCCAAGUUUUUCAUCAAAUCUCCUGAUCUCCCGGUUAGAGCACCAAAUCUCCCGGAUAAGAUGGACUUUUGAGCAUUUCUGUGCUUUAGUUUGAAAUUUAGUCCAUUUUUUCCACAAAAUUCGAAAUUUUUAUUCAUUGCACAGUUUCUGGGACAUUUUUGCUACGGUGGCCCGUAAGGGACAUUACAAUAUAUUUUUUCCCUUAAGUUAUCGCGCGAUAAUUUCAACUUAUCGCGCGAUAAGUUUAAAUUAUCGCGCGAUAACUUUGAAUUAUCGCGCGAUAAUUAGUCAGUUUAUCGCGCGAUAAAUGAGAAAAUGUAAAAACUAUCGCGCGAUAAUUAGUCAGUUUGAGAAAAUGCUAGGGGCGAUAGGCUGCACAUCUAUACCGGCGUGAAACCUUGUGUAAACCUUUUAUAUUUUAGCUCUAACGAGCAUGUUCUUUAGGGAUUUUCCUCUCUUCUUGGUUCCUUAAAAAUUUGGCGAAGUAACGGUUGGUUUUGUGUAAGAUUCCAUUUUUCAGUAAAACUUCUUUUAAAGUAGACACUGAGGGCUGGUACUGUGUCACGAAAGGCAAUAUUUUUUUCCUCUUUUUUGUUGUGUUUCAGGAGUGCAGACUCCCUCUCUGUGAACUUUAUAUCUGAUAGAAGGUUUUUUUUAUCAUAGUUUGUGGGUAGCCUCUGUCAAUCAAGCGUUUUUUGAAAUUUGAAAUAUUUUCCUCAAAAGUAGUUUUUGAGGAGUUUGUUCGUAGGAUUGUCAAGGCUUCUCCUUUGACAAAUCGUUUUUUAACACUCGGUGGGUGACAAGAGGUGAAAUGUGUGUACUGGAAGGUUUCCGUUCUUUUAAAACGUGUCUUUAUGUCAAGGAUAGAUUUUUCCUUGAAUCUUGUGCCUUUGUAUACAACCGCGUCUAAAAACACAGUCUCAGUGUCAGAUUUUUUGGCCGUGAAUUUGAUAGUUGGGUGACGUAAGUUUGCUAGUUCGAUGUCCACUUCGUGUUUCGAUGUCUGGUUUACUUAUGUCCCACAGGGAAAAGAUAUCGUCAAUGUAGCGUUUCCAAACUGUAGGUUUAAAAAUGGUUCUGCUCAGAAAUGUGGAUUAGGUGUUUGAGAUUAGGUGUUUGAGAUAGCCAUUUUCUUCAAUGGAGGUCAAAAGUGUUGGGACCUUUCCAGUGAUAUUACUAAAACUAGCGACCCCUCCCCUCCCACCCCAAACAAAGUUGGAUUUGGAGCAAAAUGGGUGAGAAUGAGUGCUUUUUUGGCCACAACAUUGCCAGGGGAAGUGGGGGGAACGACAGGAUGAACCCAAAGCCGAACAAAAAAAGUCAUCCUUCGGAGCAGGGACCUACGUAACAAUUGCUUGGAAGGGCUUUUUCACACAGUCCCAAGUUCUUUUGUCCUCCAUUGUUGUCAUGUCAUCAAUAUAAUUUUCACGGUGAAGAUCCGUAAUUAGGCGCAAGACCUUGCAGUGCGUUUCUUUCACCAUGGGUUGAGUGAGAGGUCUCUAGUUAUGUUUGUCGCCGAUUUGUAUUUGACCCUCUCUUAUUUUGUCAGUUUUGUUCAUGAUUACUGCGAUAAACUGACUAAUUAUCGCGCGAUAAUUCAAACUUAUCGCGCGAUAAAAUGAACAGUUAUCGUGCGAUAAUUUUUAAAUUUUCUCAUUUAUCGCGCGAUAACUUAAGAAUAAAAAAAAGAUUGCAAUGUCCCUUACGGGCCAUCGUAUUUUGCACAUGUUUAGUCAAUGACAAAGAUUAGUUCGUCAUUACAAUGAUGAACUCGCAUUUUGAUCCCAUGUAUGUCAUGUAAGACGUCAUAUAAUGUCCUAAGGCAAUUUGUUGGCGCCGGGGGGGAGGGGGGUUGGAGUGGGGGUUUUGGUGCUGUUGACAUUCGGGGGUGGGGGGGGGGUGUAGUGCAAAAUAGAGAGUCUCCAGAUUUUAGAUCUCCGGAGGUUGGCAGGUAUGGGUUUAUAUAUUGUAUCUUGUGCAAUGUCAAGUUUAAAUUAAGAAUAAACUAACGAUGGCAGCACAAUGGCCCUGAGUAAGGAUUCUGACAUCAAUUUUGACAUUUGAAAGAAUGCUAUGGAAUCUCUGGAUGACCCAGACAUAUCAAUUCAUGAAAUAGUUUUUUCACGAAUAAUAAUAAACUCUAAUGAUGUUGUCGCUUAAAACGUCAGUUAGUUUUGUUGAGCUUGUUACAGCACUUACAAGAGGCUAGAAAAAUCAAAUUAGUGAAAAACAAAGCUUGCUUUGACUUUUCUAUCUUUUAAAAGCUGAUUUGAGCAAUUGCAUUAAAAAAUAGGACAGAACGGUCCACAAUGUAGAUCAGUGUGUAAUAGUAAAGAAAUGUGUAAGUUUAUAAGAUAGCCAUUCAAUAAGCUGUAAUUUGAUAUAGAGUUAGGUAUCUGCAGUGUAACUAUUAAAAUGGGUGACAUCAGUACUUACCGGUACAUAGUUGCACUGCACAGACUAGACCAAAGUCAUAAGCCUAGAGGAGGUGUUUGCGAUUUUGGAUACAAAUUUGAAAGUUUAAAUCAUUUGUUAUCUGCAUGGCCUAUAGAACUGACAACUUGCCUCUGUCCUGUUUCAAAAAUUAUUUGCUUUUCUUGCUCAACUCUGCAAUGUCAUUAAAUAUUCCUAUUUUUAUUCUUGCUGAUGUCAAUUAUUGACAUCAGCAAGAAUAAAAAAUAAAAACAUAAAAAAUAAAAAUAAAUAAAUAAAUAAAAAAUAAAUAAAAAAUAAAAAAUAUUUUAUAAAAAAUAAAAAUAAAUUGCAUGUUGCAAUAAUUAUUAUUGCAACAUGCUUUGACCCAAGGAAAAGGAGGCAAAAUCACUGCAUGAUUUCUGUGACUCCUUCAAUCUCACACAGGUUAUAAACAAGCCUAAAAAACAACUCAGUUCUCCAAGUCCAUUAUUGACGUUAUUAUUACUAAAAAAGCAAACUUGAUAAAGGAAACACAAGUUAUUCCACAGUCAAUCAUUGACCAUGAACUGAUUAUAUUUGCAACUCUACAACUCAAGAAACCUUGUCCCAAACCUGUAUACAUCACCACAGGGAGCUUCAAGAAUUACAUCAAAGACGCUUUCCUCGAGGACAGUCAUUUCCAAUGCUCCCUGGUUCAUUCUAGACACUUUGGAUAAUGUGGAGGAUUUUAGAUCAACAUACGCCUCUGAAAACUGUUAAACAGUCCUAACACGCCCAACUCCAUUCAUCGAUGAUAAUUAAUGUGUGUGCCCUAAUGAAAACAAGAGAUCAUUGGCAGAACUUAGCGAGGUAAACAAAUGAUCCUGCUGCCUGGUCUGGCUAUUAAAAUUGUAAAUGAGAAGAAAAGCCAGAGCUACAGAUUGCUCAAAGGAAUUUCAUCCAAGAAUGUAUAUCACAGAAUUCAAAUGACACUAAUGCAAUGUGAGAGACAAUUUUAUUAUAAGAUUGUGUAUCCCAAAGAAAUCUGUAAGUGUAAGGGUUUACAGUGAUGAUGAUAAAACUAUUGCUGAUAGAUUUAAUCAAUUUUUUACUUCAGUUGGAGAAACAACAUAUCAAAAACUCAAACAGCUCGCUAAUGAGUGCCGUUAUGCUCCAUUAUUGCAGCAAACCUGCAGCUCGGAAUUUCCAAGAGCAGAGCAUUUUAUUUUUGCCAAAAAAGGCAGGCUGUACAUUGUUUGGAUGUUGAAAAGAUUGUAUCAUCAUUGUCUACAAAGAAUUUUAUUUAUAUAGCACCAGGUCUUGACAAGAUACCAAUUCAUGUCAUCAGACUCAGCACCUGGUAUUAUUCCUUCUAUUACUGCCAUUAUAAAAUUCUUCUUUUAGCACCAGCACCUAUCCUGGAGAUGGAAGGAUUGCUGAAGUGUGACCAAUCUUGAAAGAGAGUGAUUUUGAACAACCAAGCAACAACAGGCCAUUAUUUUGUUGCCUAUCUUAUCCAAGGUGUGUGAAAAGGUGGUCCUGCAUCAGCCAACACCCCAUCUAAAAACAAACAAAAGGCUGGUGGUGGAACGGAGCAGAAAAAAAGUAUGAGCAUUAGCUUGAUUAUAAUAUUGCAAAAGAAUUUACUCGGAGUUUAAAUUACAUUAAUGUUUUCUGAUGAUUAAAUUGAAGCUUGGUUAAGUUGCUGAAUGGAAGAUCGUCACCCUAAGAAGCAAGUAAACACUCUUGGGAAGCAAAUAAGAAAAAGUGCAUCAAACAUCUUCCAAAAAUGGAGAAAGAAACCAAAAACAUCAGGUAAACCAGAAAUUUUUUUCUUGUUUGUUUGUAUUUAUGACAAUCAUGUUAUAUUUAUCUGUAGAAUUUGUUAGUGAACACCUGAACUGACACGUUUGUCAAAGAAGGACAUCAAGAGGCUGGGUGUGUGUGUGUUUGUGUGUGGGGGGGUGGGUACCCUCCCAUAGCCAGUUUUGUGUAUUAUAUCAAUUGGAAGGUGGUCUUAGACAAGCCAUGAAAGAGAGGUAAGAAUUUGGUGGUUGCAGUUUAAGAGGAACUAAUCCAAAAUGGACUCUUGUAGUGGGUGGGGUGGACAUGAUAGUGUGGAGGUAAUCUCACAUUAAGCCACGGAGAGGUUGGGAUGUUUUUUGGAACAAUUAGCACGAUAAUGGAGGUUAUGUGUGUAUAUAUUUAUUGAGGUCACGCCAGGGUAAAUUCCAACAAACGACAUGACACAAAAAGUAGCGACAGAACGUAAAAUGAAAUUGCGACAAGAGACGACCUCCCUCAGUCAAAUUGCGACAGGGAUGGCAAAGCCAAGAAUAAGCGACAAAGAAUGGUGGUUUGGCUAAUUUAUCACCAGUCUGAAUGCCAAGAAGGAGUAAUUUUCGUCAAUUUUCCUUGCACUUCAGAGGACGUCUCUUGUCAGUGCGCUUCAGUGGACCCUCCUGUGAAUUGUGAAUGGCGAUGUAUAGGUGUUCAAUGCAUGGAAUUUUAACUGAGAAAUUGCACUGUAAUGGUUUCUUGAGUUCACAGUGCAUCGCUAUGCCCCAUUUCCAAAAUUCCAACAAAGACAAAGAAUUUUCAUUCAAUUUCCGACACCGACAUGAGAAUUCAGAAAAUUCAGACUAGCGACAGGGGACCCCCCCUCCACACACCCCCUGGCAGGGCCUUUUUACUGUGUAUUAUUGGUUGUGUAUGAUAGACUUGUUUAUCAUUUUGUCUAAUGGUAGCCAUUUUUUGUUGAUCAUAAUAAACCUAGACACAAUUUUAGCAGCUUUCAUACAUUCUUUCUUAUGUGAUGUAGACUUUUUAGCAAAUUUAUGUUGUUGUAAGAAAUUGUUCCUUCAGCAGCCUACUGUGAUAUCUAUUUGCUGUUUUGUAAUGUCUUUCUGCAUUUGACUCAUUCCGUUGUUUACAAACAUAAUUAAGCAAUCCCAUAGAACAAUGGUCACACUCAAGACAGUGUAUAAAAAUUUAAUAUUUAUUGAGUGUUUGUUGUUAUAUAUAGCUGAAGGUCAAUCUGGAGGAGUUGGGCAAGCUGGCACAAGCACAAGUUUUGAUGCUGGUGAGCAAAGUAUCAAAUCUUAUUACUUCUGUCAAACUGAGUAACCUGCAAAAGUCACACUUGUUCCACUGUUUAUUUUAUUCAUUAAGGUUCUGAGCAGAAAGUAGAGAGUGUUAUUUCUGAUGAUCAUGGAACAUCAGCUGGUGCAAGCUGCCUUGAUCACGGUACAUUGUUUAGUUAAACAUUAUAGGGAAGAGAAGUAAUGAUGUCACAAAUUAAAUCUGUGAAAUUAUGGGAUUGGCUGGCAUAUUCUGGUCUCAAAAAACUUUUUUUGUGGUCCUUCAGGCCUCAGUUUGCUCUAAAAUAAAGGGGGCCCCAGGCCCUCAAGGCCCCUCCCAUAGAUCUGCCACUGCUAUAUAGGUGUUGCUAGAAUGUAGCUUGGUAUGUGACUAGUAGAAGUUUAUCUCUGCCGGAGUUGUGACACUCCAUGUUACGCAUAUGUAUGUAAAAUAGUGAUAGCAUGGUUUUUUCAUCUUAGUACAUUGCACUGAAAAGUUAUUAACGAUUUCCAGUUUCAAAAGCCUGAUAAGUCCCCACCCAAAUGUAGAGGCGUGGCCAAUGUACACUUGAUUUAAUUUGUGCCACUCAACUGAGAAAAGAGGAAAGUAUAGUGAGUGAUUGGAUCCCUUGUGCACUCACGUUGUAUGUAAUGCUUAGGACUGGCAAGUAUUGGGGCAAGUACAUAAUACAUGUAAUGUAAUAUUUUUCAUCAGUGUGUACAUGUCGCAUAUUAAAUGAGUUUGUUAAUCCAUUCACUCUAAGAAAGUGUGCAGCCUGAAAAAACAUCCUCUGAAGCUAGUCAUGUCGUUUUCUGGCUGAAACUGCUCAAAAGACAGUUUUUAAAUCAAGCACCAUGCUUGCAGUCUUUAGUCAGCUUCCUUUGCUCAUGACAAGCUUUGAAGUGCAAAAUAUUGUUAUGCAAAUUAGCUGGCUGCACAUUCAAUGUGCAGGCAGCAAUUUUGCAAAGUCAUUCAAAGCCAAUAGGUUCAAGGGGAAAGUUUUUAUGAAAAUUUUUAGGAUCAUUGGAUAGAAUAAAGUUCAGGUGGAAAGUGGAACAAGAUUUUUCUGUUUCUUGCUAAUCCGAUCCUCUGUUUAAUUAUUUUUAAGGUGCAUCUAAUGUUGUGCAAGGUGCAAGCAAUAAUCAUGGUGCUGGGGGUGAAGUUUCAGGUUCAGUUGGAGGGGUUUCUCAUGAUCAAGGUUCAGUACCAUCAUGAUAAUGUGUUUAUUAAGAAGUAAAGCUGUAAUUAAUAAAUAAAAAAUAUCAUUUUAGUGGUAACAUUAAUGCUGGGAUGCCCAGGCUUUCAUCUACCACAAUUCCAGCAUGAGAUCGUAAUAUUAAUAAUAGAAAUGUUGGUUGCUCAAUGCUAUAUUGAUCAAGAGAUGCAAAAACCAGAGUACCUUCACAAAACCUGUUGGAACAAACAAGUGAACCGAGUAACAAGUUGGUUUCUCCAGCGACUGCACCACCCUUGUUCUCAAAAUAUAAUAGCAAAACAGUUAUGUUAUUUUUCACUCAGCAAGCAUGUUAAUGUUAAAACUCUUCCUUACCAACAUAAAUUAGUUAUGCAGCUUUGGACUGAACUGUAUGUUUAAAAUAUAUAAAUAGUUAUCUACAUGUUGGAAUGCUGGCUAAUAUGUUGUCUCAUUUUUCAGGUGCAUCUAAUGCUGUGCAAGGUGCAGAUUCUGGUGCUGGGGGUGAGGUUUCAAAUCCAAGCAAUGAAGUUCGUUAUGACCAAGGUACUUUACAGAAAUGUUAUUUGUUACUGAAAAUGUUUACUGAAAAGUUGGUUAAUAUGUCUUUGAAAUUUAGCAUCUCCUUUAGGUGCAGUUAUGUGACACUAAUCUAUAAACUUAAAAACGUCAAUCGUGUAAUCUCAAUUGUUGCAUGUUUCUGAGUGAUAUUUUUUUCAUUCUUAAGGUGCCUCAGCUAGUGCUGUGUACAAGGGAAGUAAAAAUAGUGGUGCCAUAGGGAGUGGAGCUUCAGAUUCAGGUAAAGAAGUUCCCCAUGAUAAAGGUACAAAAACAAUAUCUUUUUUACCCAUGGUUUCUCAUCAGGACUUAAAAAGUAAGAGAAAUAUAUGUAAAUAAAUGAUAUUGCUAUAUAACUUUAAGAAGCUAUUUUGUAUUUUGUGUACAUAUUUAAUGAAAGAAAGUAGAUAAAAUAAUGUGUAUAUCACAUAUACCUGCUUUCCACGAGAGCCGUGCCUGUAACUAAGCAAAAACUUAACUACAGGGUGUCCCAAAAGUUCGUUCCUCUGAUUUUAUGCACUGUAACUUUUGAUUAAAACUUUAUUUUUACAUGAAAUUUCUACAAGAUGUUUAUUUCUUUAUCGAGUACUUUUGUUCAGAAUUUCAGUAACUGGCAUGCCCUUUUUGUUUUUUUAAUCACAUUCUGUAGCCAUUGCAGCUUGAAGUGGGAUACACAGUAGAGUGAAGACUUUGAAACCCUGAUUGACUACAAGAUAGCAAAUUGUCAAAUACUGAUACCAUUUCUGGAAGAAAUUGUAAUUUGGAAUGUUAGUGUUUGAGGAGAGGGGGAAACCGGUGUACCCAGAGAAAACCUUUCAGAACAAGGGUGAGAACCAAAAGCAAACUCGAUCUUCAGUCAUGUAUGCCAGCACUUUUGGGACACAAACCUGGGGCAUGCUGGUGGGAGGCAAGUGCUCUCACCACUAUGCCACUCUUGUUUCCAUGGCAUGUGGCCAGAGGCGUGGCCAUCUCCACAUGGCCAAAUUUGUAGACCUUGGUGUAGCCUACCUGGAAAAAAAUUGAAGGAAGGAUAUGAAGUAACUCUCCAAAUCUAAUUGUUAUUAUUAUUAUUAUUAUUAUUAUUAUUAUUAUUAUUAUUAUUAUUAUUAUUAUUAUCUCGCAGUAUAAAACUUCAAAAUGCUGUCCACAUUAUGAGUAGUAUAGGGCGCAUAACGUAACCUACACCACUUGAGAAGCUAUACUUAGAAGUUAAAAAAGGUCGGUACAAAACCUAAUACAAUCCUAAUAUACAGAAUGAUAUGAAUCUCUCUACUUAAAAAGCCAAUUUAGAAUAUUAUUAAAUUCUUAUACUCUGUAAAACCUACCCGAAGACAUGAUGAUAUAAUUAUCUCUACCAGAAGCCUAUUUAGAAAAUUAUUCAGUUUUUAUACCCUCAUUAUCUCUUAUAUACCUAAACGAGGCCAUCAUAAUGUGGUUAUCUCUACUAAAAGCCUAUUUAGAAUAAUAUCAAACUCUAAUACUCUAUAAAAUCUAAGUAAAAACAUCAGUAAACUUGUGUUUCUGGAUUUCUAGAGAAAAAGAAACUAAAAUCUGGUGUCCUUAGCGCCCUAACUAAGUAUUUAUCUUAAAUGUUCUGCCAAUGUUCAAAGUGUUUGAGAUGAACGACUUCUGCAUCCGCUCAAGUACGCCCCGUGCUCUCGCUCCAAGUAGCUUCCUCACCGACUUCUCAAGGUGUUUAGAGUAACCACCCAGUACGUCAAUUAUUACGUUGUACUGUUCAACCCUGUAACCAAUGUACCUCUGCUUUAGCUCCCACAUCAUGGGCCCAUACUUGAGUGUCUUUUCCUCAUCUUUCUUAGCUCUACUCUCAAUCCAUGGGCAGCUCAUUUCAAUAAUUGAAAUGAGCUAUUAUUGUGCAGACUUCUUUCCUCUCGUGGCUGACAAGUCGCUUGUCGAUCCGAUUUGCUCUAACUUCGUUGUGCUCUGCAUAGAUGGGAAUAUCCCAAAACGCCUCACUCGUGGUGUUCUGGUAGGCUGGUUCUGGCAUCACCGGUGAGUACCAUGGAGGAACCUCUUCUAUUAACCCAUGCUCUCGCAGGAGCUCAAAAAACAGAAUCUUCAAAGCUACAUUAUGCCUGUAUAGGUACUUGGUUUGUGCCAGGGAGGAACAUCCAGCCAAUACAUGUGCAACGCUUUCAGCUAUCUUCCCACAUAACCUGCAUAGGACUUCGCCGUCGGUGGAGGUUUGCGUCUUCUCCUUUGAGUAGAGCUUCGUUGGUUACAACUGCUCAUACAGUUUAUACCUGCCCGCGAUGGUAUAUGUAGGGCAUGAAGCCCAACCUUUUAACCAUGCAAAGCAGCUGGUUAUGCUUAGGCUGUCAUCUUCCCAUCUGAUACGGAAUAACUUUCCUUGCCACCUUUUGUCUUUAGCGAUCUCCCAGAACUGCUUCUCUUGAGAUUGCUUCAACAGAUUCCCAGCUCUUGCUGCAGUCACCACCUUUCCUUCAGUUGUAACACACACGGGAUUUAGGGAGUCAAGCUGAAGUGUGAUGUUGAGUUCUUCACCGUACUUAACUGCUUCCUUUACAAACGACUGGUGGCCUGAUGCCAUGGCGUGUUCUUCAAAUUCUCUAACUGCUUUCACGGUCAGGUCCAAAUUCUGAUACAAUUUCAUUAGCGAUUUGAUUUUAGUGAUCUUGUACUCGUGUUCUACUGAUCGCAGGCCUCUACCCCCUUUCUCCCUCGGUAGAUAUAACAAAGAAGUUAGACUAGCUGGGUGCUUGCCACCGUUCUCAACGAUGAUCUUCCGAGCUGCUCUGUCCACAUCUCUUAACUCUGAUAGAGGCCAAUGCUGCGUGUUCACAUUAAGUACCGCAGGACCAGGAGUGCAUACUGAUUAGUUGCCUGUACACGGUUUUAUUGUUAAUUUUAUAAUUAUUAUUAUUAUGGUUAUUUUUCCACAAAAUUCCAUAAGGGGAUUUCAUUGAUGACUGCCGCUUAAACGCUAGCCUAGCGUCUGUUUUAGAAAGUGAUAAUGGUGUGAGCUUGUAAAUUAGUAAUUUUAAGAUCUUUUUAAUAAUUUUAGUCUAUGUUAGUGGAAUGUAAAUUGGUCAUAUAAUGCCUGCCGCUUAAACGCUAGCCAAGCGUGUGUCCGCUAAUUUUAGAAAGUCGAUAAUGGCGUGAGCUUGUACAUUAGUAUUUUAGGAUCUUUUAACAUUUUUAUUUCAUCAAAAUUUAAGUCUAUGAUAGUGGAAUGUAAUUUGGUCAUAUGUUAAUAAAGAUUUUAUUUCAUAAUAAAAUUAUUAUUAUUACUUUUAUCUCAGUUUCGUAGUUAUCAGCUCAUUCAUGUUUUUCUUUUCAUAAUCAGAAUUUACUAACGUGAAAACAUCUACCUUGGAAGACUUGCGUAGCAAGCUUGCUGAUCUCUACAAACGCACAGCCAAGGUACCCACGUCAGUUUGGUCUUCGGUCUGUCAGGUGGAACUUGACCAGAUCUACACUCGAUUGUCAUUGGUGAAAAAAGAAAAAAUUCCAACUGGAACAUUGCAGUCAAACCUGACAGAUUAUAGUGAGCUAUUCACAUCAAACAAGAAAGGUAUUGUGCCUAAGAGAAUUCUUGUGCAAGGGGAAACGGGAAUUGGAAAGAGCACAUUUGUUAAAAAGGUAGCGUUGGAUUGGGCUAAACUCGUUGACGAUAAGGACGUUGUAAACGAAGAAAUGGCUGCUUCAAGCAAGGGCCGAGGGGGUAAGAAGCCAUCACGUAAAGAUCACGUGGGCGUCAGCCAGGCCGAGAGCAGCGAAGCAAGAAAACAUGAUGACAGCAGUGAGUGUCAUAUUGAUGCGCUAAAGAGGUUCCAACUUGUUAUUACUGUUCCUUUGAAAUAUGUGUCUAAAUGCCAAAGUUUCAGCGACGUUUUAAGCUGUUCUCGUCUUAUUCCAAAAGACGAAGAAUCUUUAAUAGAUGAUUUGUUUACGUACGUUUGUAACAACCAAGAGAAAGUUCUUCUGGUAUUUGAUGGCUACGACGAGUAUCGCACUGGAAGCGUAGCAGAAGCCCAGUUUGGACGAAGAAGCACUUCUCCUAUUUGUGAGAUUUUCCACCGAAAUGAGCUUAGAGACUGUACUGUCUUAGUAACCACGAGAUCUUCGAGAGCUGAUGAACUGCAAGAAUCUGCCGAUAAACACGCUAAGAUCACAGGAUUUUAUGGAGGAGAUCAAUUUGCUUUUAUGAAGAGGAUGCUAGGUAGCAACAGCCAGGUAUCUGAGCUAAACAGGUUCCUGUUGGAAAAGAGCCUGUUUUACCUUGCAAGAGUACCACUUCUGAAUCUCUUUUUCUGCUUGUUGUUCAGGCAAGAUAAGGAGAAAAUGAUGGAACUUGGCAAGAGAAAAACUCCAUUAUAUCGAGCUAUUAUCCGAUACAUCUUGCAGUACAGCAACAAGAGACUUUCCCCUGCUAAAGUCUACAAAGUAAAAGAGGAAGAUUAUCAAGAAAUCCUUACUGAAAUAGGAAAGGUGGCGUUGGAAAGUCUUCUGAAGGGUAGUCAGGUGUUUGAAUAUGGUCAGCUGUCUGAGAAAGUACGUGGUGAAGAAAGUGUUAUGGUGGGCCUCUUACAAUUAUCUGAGAACGAAGCAAGUUUGGAACCAACGGAGAUAGUGUCCUUUAUACACAAAUCAAUUCAAGAGUAUUUAGCAGCCUGGUUUAUCGCUAACAGAUGUGUUCCCCAGGGUAAUCUUGGUGUAAUUGAAAAGCAUGCCGCCACUUUGGAGGACUGUCGGUCAAUUGCAAAUGUUUUGCAGUUCGUGUGCGGUUUGUCCACGGAAGGAGCUGUAAAGGUGCUAACGCAUUUAUCUACUGUUCGCGCCAAUGACUCGUCAUUAGAUUUUUCAAAGUUAAUGCCAGUUGAUGAAAGGGAAACAGACCUGCCCUGGGCUGGCUUUACCCUGCGGCAUAGCCAGUUCAAUGACCUGGUCCGAGAUUGUUUUCAAGAAGUUUCAUUGGCUCCCGAUCUUAUAGAGCAUGUCUUUGGUUGCACCGGUGGAAUCAUCGUCCAAGAGACGCCAGUUGAUCGCGGUCUAGUGCUUAAGCCGGAAGUUUUAACUCAGCAAGUAACACAUUCUUGGGCUUUCUAUUUUAUUAACUGUCUUUCCGAGAGACGGCGAUCGCUUUUGUCAUCCGCCACCGCCAAUUCAGUAGAGAACCUCUAUCAAUCAGCUCAAUUUCUAGAUCUCUUGCAUAUCCCCCUUAGAAUGGUUAGGAAUUCGAAAGAGCUAAAACUAGGAGACUUUUUAACAAAGUUUCGCCUUUGUUCUUGUACGCGUUGCACUUUCGCUUCCGUUCUUUGCUGCACUGAUGGCAAAAUGAUGGUGUACAUCACAGACUUGGACCUUAUGUGUGAUAAACAUACCAGGAUGUUUACUGAAGCUGCGGCUGUAGUUUGUGAUCAAUCUGUUUCUGCAAAAAUGUGUUCAAGCCAACCAUGUUUAAAAUUCUUAACAUCCUUAAGCUGCAUUUUCGAUGGAAACCGAGAAUUGCCGAAAGAACUUGGUGUCAUGCUUAGAAACUGUAAACAUUUGCAAGGAAUUAGGUUUGGCGGAGACGGUGACUACGCAGUUUAUUUUCUCGAGAAAUUAGCACUUCCCGGAAAAUUGUGUUUGACCAUUAAUGUUAACGGAGAUGGAUCAAUUUCCUGGGGUUCUGUGAACGAUUUUCCAUGUUUUCCCUAUACAGCACCAAGACCUGAAGAAAGUUUAUGUCUUAUUGCGGGCUUGCUUUGCACCUAUUCUUUUGAAACAGCGAUGGCAAUCAUAAGCAGUAUCUCGCCUGAGAGAUUGGGAGAAGUUUCACUUAGAAAUGUCAACCUCACCACCUCCGCAGCUGCGACUCUCGGUAAAUCACUUUCUAAAAUGACUU